UCAAGGGAGUCAGUGAGGCAGCGACCGUAUCCCAGUCAAGAGGGCCAGUGCGCGCCGGUCAUCUGCGUAACACAAGAACUUUCACAUAACAAGUGGAAAAGAAAACAAGAGAACAUAACUAUUUGCUCAACAACGAAAUCUGUGUUUAUGAAGAGACAAAGCGAAGGAGAGAGGGAAACAGAGACAGACAGACAGAAAAACAAAGGAAAUAAGUUUAGCUUCAUACAGAGAAGUGAAGCUAACAUGCCAGAAGCUUCACCGGCCUUUGGGAAGCUUAGAGCAUAAAUCCGCGAGCGUGCGACACCCUCCUCCUGCCUCUCCUCCGUCAUGGCCACCAGCUGCGCCUACAACAGGACCAUGUUUCUCCAGCGUCUUGAGUUCUGGGAGGACACGCCGAGGCGGAGGCGGCGUCGAGGACCUUUGUCACCGGUGGGCGUCGGCGGCGGCCUCUCGGUAUCGGGAGCCGAGCCUCUCAAGACACCCGAGGUGGUGCGUCAUGUGGUGUCGCGCCUCACUCCCCCAGUCACCGCGCCCACGCAGCCCUCGGCCCUCUCCAGCAGCCAGCAGCCGUCCCUGCAAUCCUCCGCCCCAGCCCACACCUUCCAGCCCAUCCAGCCCGCCGCGAUCCCAGACUCUACGCACUCGGCGCCAUCCACCCUCGACUCCCGCGCAAGGCAUGCACAAGAUGGCGGCAGUCGUCGCCUGAGUGGAUCGCUGGGCAACGAGACAGAGGAGGGCGUGCGUAAGGUGCCGCCCAAGUUGGCGCCGCUGAAGAAGCCCGACAUCCCCGAUGUUUUGCGUCCCAAGGACACCACAGGUCUCGCCUCGCCCGGGGUAGUGAACACCCCGCCCAGCUCCCGACCUUCCUCCGUGGUAUUUGACAAGCCGCCGCUUGCACCCGAGGGGCAGCGCCCAGUCACCCUCCGCACCUCCCUCAGGAAACCCACAGACAUCGGCACGUGUUUUAUGGCAGCUCGGCGGGAAAAGCGUGACGACUCGAAACCAGAAAACGUUUUCCGCGACCAGCUGCAGCGACCCAAGAAGGGAGAUAGACUGUCUAAGUCAGACAUGAAUCUGAAAAUAGAGAGCAGUUACUCCGGGAAGCAGGACGACCUUCUCUCCCCCGGCAGCUCAGACUUAGAAGUUGCUUGCAUCUCCGCCUCAUCCCUCACCACCACCACGUCCUCCCCAGCUCUCGGCAGCGAGGAAACCAUGAGCAGCCGCUUGGAGGCGCUCACGACCAGGGCAAAGGAGACAAUGGAGCGGGCGGACCGCCUGGGUAAAGACAGCACCCCACCGCCCCCCGAGAGCAGUCCUCCGGAAGACAGCGCCGAUAGCAUGGUGCACGAGUGUGAGCAGUACCUCACGGUAAACGCCAGCCGGAAAGAAGUGAGUGGGGGCGUGAGGCCCCGAGAAGUGGUUUCCAGUGAUACGCGCAGUGAUAAUGUACAGUCCCCGACAGUCAAGAAGGGAGUUAUUUCAGACACGGGUCAGAAAAACUGGGUCGGGGGCUCUGAAGGACGUGGUAAAGAAAGUAAGCGGUUGGCUAUGGAGAAAGAAGUGAAUAAGGAAGUGAAGCGAGAGCCUAGCCAAGCAGCAGAACCACUGAAGAUGACUGCUGCCUCCGCUGUGCCUUCAGGGCCCCCGGACCUUGCAACGUUAGGAAGUGACAACUUGAGCCCCCCGCCAGAGGAAGUGGUGCACGGCCUUCGUCACGUAGGCUACGCUGACGAGGAGGUUGGCUCUCCUGAGUCUGUUCAGAUGAGGAGUCCCGACCAUCGCAGCAGCAGCAGCAGCAGCGGUAGCAAGCGAAGUUCUCGACGCUGCUCACUCGACGGAGACACACCCCAGGCCGUCUCUCCCGACCCUCAGUCCAUCCUGAAGCGGCGCUCGUCCCGGGAGGACGUGACUGUAGAACGACCCACCACGCCGGAGCCUCACAGCAUACUGAAGCGGAAGACCAGCUCCCGCACGUCCAGCAUAGACAUCGUAGAGGGGGAGCCGAGACCCAUCCUGAAGAAGAAGAGCAGUGUGGAGGAAUUGGAUCACUUCGAGCCGAGACCAAUCCUCAAGAAGAAGUCCUCGACGGACGACGAGCUGGACGACCGGCCGCGCUCUAUCCUGAAGGGGGGACGCAGCAGAGAGGACCUCGACCUCACGGAAGGGUUCGUUUCGCCUAACCCCAUCUUGAAGCGAUCUCCCCGUUGUGAUAGCGAGGGGGAAGGGGAGCUGCGACCCAUCCUUAAGAGGAGGGACACAACUGACGGUGUUCGCCUCCGACUCCACGUGUCUGACGGCGAGGACGUGGAGGGUGAAGUGCCUAGUGUGAGAGUAAGGAGUGACUCUGCGCCCGAGGCUGUGAUACGUUUAAGAGGGCACUCUCCUCCUGCAUUGUCGGCCACCCCCUCGCAUGGCAUCCUCAAGAAGCGCGGCGCACAUUCCCCAGGACGUUUCGACCAGAUGGACAGCGAACUGGGCGCCAUCCUGCGUUCCCGAAGGACGCAGGGUGUCAGUGAUGCAGACAGUGAUAGUGAAGCAACGAAUCGUCCCCAGAGCCCCUCCCUCCUGGCGCUGACGAAGCGCGAGGAAUCCUCCAGCAGGUCCGGCGAGCGACCUCUCAGUGUGGCCGAGCGGGUGGCGGGUAUGGAGGCUGCCCGCCAGGAACCUCCAGCCCCCGCCUCGCGCCGCUCACCCACCCCCACGCGUAGCCCAGGCGCGCGGCCCAAGCAGACGCCGUCCUUCCUUGACCGCCCCCCCACGCCCACCGACAAGGGGAGAGAUAAUCGAAGAAACAGUGCCUUCGCCCUGGUGGCGGAGCCGUCUCCUGGCGACGGUGCGGAGGCCAUCAAUGAGGCUUUCUUGGACCGUCCAGUGACCGAGGCCUACAACAGUGCCAUAUUCCCCAACGAUGACGCCGCCCCCACCACACCCUCGGUGGUGUCGCAGAAAGCUGCCUUCUUUGCCCAGCUGGAGCGUGAACAGAAGACUUCCCCAGACACAUCCCCGUCCCGGCCCAGCCACACCAGCCGCUUCAGCAGCCGCCGGGAUAGAGGCGCCAGAUUUGACCAGAUAGCGAACUUCUUUGAAAUGCAUGCAACCCAACCAGUCACUGAAGAAGAAGUCAAUCAAGCCUCCAGGUUGGCUGAGGCCUCAGACUCUGCCUCCCACGACUCAGACUCAGCACCGCCCCGCCGAGAAUCAUUGCCUUGGAAGAGCAGCACACAGCAAGAGACUAGUGGCACUCAGAGCAGCACAAACAAGAGUGGAACCAGUAACAGUGUGGGUGCCAGAGUGGCCCUUUGGACAAAGAGACUUGAGGAGGAACGUUCUCCCAUCCCUCCUCUCGAUGGAGCUCAGAGUGUGCGCCGCAGGACUCGGGCCACACGCUUCAAGACACAGCCAGUGACCAUGGAGGAAGUGGCCCAUGCUCAUGCCCUAAACAGCCAGGUCAUCCGCACCCACUCAGGAUCCCUUGAGGAACAGGAAAUAGCGAGUGGCUUUCGGGCGGCCCGUGAGGCUGUCCUGAGGAACUCAGCCGAGGUGAUGCAGGGUCUCACUCCCGGCUCCUCCCCAAGGCGACGCUCCAGCAGCAGGAAAACAUCCGUCAAUGAGCCUGAAGAUGACUUGGCAUUAGAUCCUGUCAGGGGAAUCUUGAAGCGGGAUGGUUCAGGAGGCUCCCGGGAAGUGCCACGUGACAGUCCCCGCUCCAUCCUCAAGCACUUCUCAGACGCCCGCCGUGCUUCCUUCUCGGAGUCAGAACACCCACGUGGCAUCCUCAAGUCAGAGAGUCCCCUGCCACCGCCCAUUGGCUCACCAGAACACGAGGCCAAGCUGCUCAGGGGAGUGCUGAAGAAGGACUCUAGUUUGGAGGACUCUAAAGAAAUAAAGUCCAUCCUAAAGCCAGAGUCCCAAUCCCUCGAGCGUGACCACUCCUCUGACUCCUCUUCAGACGACGUGACACUCACCACCGGCAACACCACACAAGGCCCAGAGUGUGACAUUGCCGACUCUAUUCGAGACAUAGACCCUGUGCGGCACAAGGAUGACCAGUACAAGGGUGACGUGCCCCACAAAGCUGACCCCUACAAGACCGAGCACCACCGCGCUGACCUUGCUGAGGCACUGAGGCAUGUAGAGCCCAUCAAGUCCAGGGACGACCUUGCUGAAGCAUUGAGGCAGAUUGAGCCCAUCCAUUCCAAGGAGAGGAGCAGAGAACGAGAAGGAAGGGAAGAAAGCUUGUCAGUCAGCAUUCGAGAGUUUUCCUCCACGUCCAAAGUCACCACCAGUAUGGGAACUAUGGUGGCCACCGCCUCCGUGCCGCCCCAGGCCUCGACCGUCACGAAUUCCUCAUCAUCCACCUCUGAGAACGAGUUGAAGGUUAUCAAGAAUGAGGCGAUAAUGAGGCGGAAAACCAACCACACCAGAAAGUACGACGAGAGGCGGAGCAUGGUGGAGCUGCGGAGCAUUGAGCGAGCCACAGAUGUCACUUCCCUCGCCCACCAAGAUGCCAGCGAGUCCUCCUCUUCCUCCUCCUCCGAGUCUUCUGAUGGGCAGGUGAAGACGACCCGCACGACCACCACCAGCCAGAUCAGGUCGUCCCACAUCAGCUCAGAAAUGAACGCCUCCCAGAUCCUUCGGCAGAGUCCUAUCUUCAGGAAUAAGACUUCCUCUCCCUCACCUGAGCAAGCGAUAGGGGAGAAGGCCAGUGUUAGGAGCGCCUCACCUGCCUCCCAGACCAUCAACGCCAGGUUGGCCGCGCUCCAGAAGAGUGGCGAGGAUGGCUGGAAGAACAGAGUCAAGAAGGACAAUAAAGAUUUCAACUCCAAUGUCACCCUCAGGCCCAAGCCUGUGGGUGGCCACCGGGAGCGCCCGGUCAGCCUCAUGGACAGAAUGUCAGCACUGGCCACGUCCUCCCAGCAGUGGAAGGGCCGAGUCACCCAGUCUGAUGCCACAAAGUUCACAGUGGCACACAAGAUGGCCUCAGCCUCCACCUCGUCAGUGCCAACCCUCAUCAGUGGGAUGAGUUCUGGAGUCACAACAAGUCCAGAGCAGUUGCUGACCCCAACGGGCAGUCCUCAUUUGGAGCGCAAGAAGAGGUCGCCUUGUCAGAAGAUUUUCAAGAGCAAAACCGGAGGGAAUAUUCCCUCACUCGUGAAUAAGUCUAGUCCAUCCAGCCCGAGGAAAAACUUCAGGCGCAGCAUUUCCACUCCACAGGACAGUGAGAGGAAAGCUGAGGCUCCCAAGGGCACCAGUGUGUCCGUGCCUCAGGUUGAUGAUGACUCCUUCAACGCCUUCUUCAGUAAAGUUCCAGACAGUGUGUCACUCAAUUCUGAUGACGCCCCUGAACUCAACGAGGCAGAUUUUGACCACAUCUCUGUCACAGCCUCCCAACUCAAACAAAUGGACGAUGAUGACUUUGUGGUGAAGAGGCGCAGUGUGCGUGUUGCCAGGCGCCAGGUGGCCUCACGCAACCCCCUCAAGGCAUUGGCAGCCCGAGAGGACAUCAAGUCAGAGUAUGUAGAGGUGAAGAUGGGCACGGGAGAGAAGGAACUGCGCAGGAUGAAAGUGGAAGAAUUGUCAAAGAGCUCAUCAAUGGCUGUUGAGGCUCUGGCUGGGUUAGCAUCGAGAGAGAAUUUCUCAGCUGUUGCUCUGAAGAAGGUGGAGAACAGCCCAGUGGUGAGGGAGAUGCCACCCUACACGUCCCUCAUGCUCCUCCACAUCAAGGGCAGGCGACACGCCCAGACCCGCCUGGUGGAGCCCAUCGCCGCCAAUGUCAACCAGGGCGAUGACUUUGUCCUCAUUACACCAUCAGAAAUCUAUCACUACAAAGGAGAGUUUGCCAAUGUCAUAGAGAGAGCAAAGGCUGCAGAGAUUGCUCAGUACAUCCUGCAGAAGAAGGACAUGGGUGUGGCUUCAGCUACAACCAUUGUGGAAGUUACUGAACACUCUCCAGUUUCAAGAAAAGCAAAAUUCUGGAAGCAUCUUGGUGGUGAUGAGAAGAGUGAGGCCCAGCCAGCGGGUCCCCCUGACGAGGACGAGUAUGUAGAGGCAGCGCUGGUGGCAGCCAACAAAGUGUAUGAAGUUCAGGAAGACUCACUUGUGCCUCUUCCUGAUGCCUGGGGACAGAUGCCCAAAAUAGAAAUCCUCGCUUCCAAUAAGGUCUUGGUACUGGACUUUGGCUCAGAGCUCUACAUCUGGGCCGGAAAGCGUGGCUGUGGAGACAACCGACGUAUCGGAGUGGCACUUGGAAGGGAGCUGUGGGAGGAAGAAUAUGACUACUCAGAGUGUGACAUCAAUCCCAUCACACCAAUGAUGCCAGUGUCAAAUGCAAAAUUACAAGGUACUCGGCCAGACUGGGGGUUGUGUGCCAAACUGACGGAAAAUGUUGAAACUAUUCUCUUCAAGGAGAAAUUUAUUGAUUGGCCAGACCUUGCCCAGCAGUCUAGAAUAAAGGAAGUGAAAAAGGAACUGGAUCGCUACGUUGCUCCUGUGUGUGAACUUCAGCCCUGUGAUGCCAAGAUGAUGCUGGAAGAGGUGCCUCUGGAGCCUGACUUGGUUCUGGAAAUGACCCACCUGGGCCGGGGAGUGGAGUACUAUGAUGAAGAGGAGCGACGCCUGCUGAGUAUAUCCACCAAUGACUUCAAAGUCUGGCAUGUGUCAGAGUACGGCAAGGUGCUGAUGAGUGAGGCUUCCCGCAACCACCUGUUCACCGGUGACUCCUACGUUGUCCGCUGGUACUACCUCGUGACGGCCACAGGCAGGACACUUAAAGGAGAGCCAUCAAAACACAACGUCACUGGCAGGUCCCGAGUGGCAUACUUCUUCUGGCAGGGGCGGGACAGCUCUGUGUCAGAUAAGGGUGUGUCUGCCCUCAUGACAGUGGAGCUGGAUGAGGAGCGUGGCCCCCAUGUGAGGGUCUCCAUGGGGUCAGAGCCGCCAGCCUUCCUCAAUCUGUUCAAGGGAGGACUCAUUGUGCAUCAAGGUCACCAGGACGAAGAACGUGAAAAGAAAGACUGGAAAAUGUUUAUGGUUCGAGGAGAGUUGGAGAACGAGGGACACCUGGUUGAAAUUGAUGUGAACUCGCAACACCUGAGGUCUCGAGGAUGUGUUGUACUGACCAACCUGAAUACCGGCAUCAUCCACCUGUGGCUUGGUGCAAAGGCUCUUAAGGGAACAAGAGAUGUUGGGAACACCACAACACAGAGGCUCAUGGAGGCACCAGAUUCCAGCAUUGGAUGGAAGAGUUCUGCUACAAAGAAGAUUAAGAAACAGUAUGAGGGUGCAGAGUCACGAGACUUUUGGGAAGCCUUUGGAGGAUCUAAAAACAACCAUUUCUCUCUCCUUGAUGAUGAACAUUCUUAUGAUUGGACACCAAGAAUUUGGCAUCUGGAGGCAAAGCAUGAUUCAUUCCAAGCCACAGAGAUUGCAUGCAGCUACAGGGCAACCUCCACGCCCAACCCUCUGCCUGUGUUGCAAUCAGAACUCUACUCAGCAAAACAGCCAGCAUUGUUCAUGGUGGAUAGCGGGCACCGAGUGUGGGUGUGGCAGGGCUGGUGGCCAGAUGAAUCGUCUGAUGGAGAUGAGUUCAGUGCAACUGGAUCAGCUGUCUUAAGAUUCAACUUUGCCCGUCGAGCUGCACUACAGACAGCACUCAAUUACUGUCAACUUAAGGCAAAAUCUCAAGCCAAGUCUCUGGCAGCAAAAAGCUACAAAAAGACUGAAGUGGAAGUCGCAGCGAUAGAGCCACAGCUGGUGGUGGCCGGCAUGGAGCCUUCAGAGUUCACUAAUGUCUUCCCAAUAUGGACACCUAGACCUGAUGUCACUGCCAUCCAAGAGAAGGAGGGUCGGUGGGCACCGGGUGGUCAGUACCUGGUGGACGACAUCCUGGCCCAGCUCUCCCGCACCCGGUACUCCCUGGCCGAGCUGACCAUCAAGCCACUGCCUGACGGGGUGGACCCACUGCACCUAGAGGUUUACCUCAGCCCAGAGGAGUUCACUGAGGCGCUAGGAAUGAACCAGGAUGAGUUCUACAGCUUACAGAACUGGAAACAGACUGAAAUAAAGAAGAAAGCAAAAUUAUUUUAGUAAUUAUAGUAAUUGGCAGUUUAUACUGACUGGUGAAUCUUUACAGAGGCAGAUUGAUUUUUGAUAAGGAGGUCAGUGAGCAAACAUAUAUUUAUUUAAUGGGUAUUUUUUACGAAAGUAUAUACAUAUAUAUUUAUAAUUGGGAACUGCUUUAUAGUGAUGUGCAGAUUCACAAUGGUUUUAAGCUUUAACUCUCAAAUUUAUUUAUACAUCUGUGUGUUUUUUACGGAAAGUACUUCACACCAACACAUUUUACAGUUCUUCCAUUUCACUGGUAAAUUGAACGGCAAGCUUCCCUUGAGCUGGAAACAUUUACCUAUGAAUAAAUAGGAUUUGUAUUUUUGUGCACAAGGCUUUUGUAGCAACAUGGCAGUGUUGGUGGGGAUGAAGGGCAGGGGAGGCUCUGGGCUCCCCUCCUGCUUCCCCUCUCUCCUUUUACUAAUGGCAACUGAUCUAUGUGCCUUCUAUAUGCUAGCCUGCAUUUGUAUGCCAAACUUUAGUAUUUUUUGCAGUUUCACCUCAGUAAGGAAACAUUUGGUGAAUUUUUGGAACACCAUCCAGUUACCGUAUCUCCCAGGCAACUUUCACCUCCAGUAGUGGCCUGAACCAAACCAAAGCAGCCUUACUAAGGACAGAGUAACUUUUGUGGUAGGCCUUCAAGGAAUAAAGAAGGAAUUUGCUCUCUUUUUAGGCUACCAUCCCACUAUUAAGCUUUUUUGAGGUGAUGCCUGUGCCUUGCUUGUACCUUGGUUCUCCUCAGUGAGAUCCAUGUCGACUACUACCAGGAAGUAGUCAGAUUGUCGUCAGUCUAGUCCCAUUCAUGAUCUAAAACAUGUAUGUAGUCGGGGGGUCUGACCUUAGAAAUUUCACAAUUUUACCAGCAUCCUUUGCAAAUAUCAUCACCAAUAAGAGUAUUAUAGGGCCUGCUUGAUCUAUAGAGUAUAGAUUAAGUAGGACAGCACAGAGCUUAUUUACAAGUGUUGAGUUCAGCAUCAACAGAAACGAUGCCAUGACUGUCCCAUCCUUCAGCCUUUCCGGUUAGCUUGUACAUACUCUAGGCAUUUGUAGCCUCUCUACUAUUGACCUUAGAGAAAGAAAACACCAUUGUUACUCCUACAGGUGGUUAAAUUAUCAUGUAAAUAUAAAGAACCUCUUUUGUAAUUUUGCUACUUACCCUGUAACUUGUACAGACCGCUACCUUCCGUGGUGCCAGCCAGUGUAUUGAUUUGUGGCAGGUGACACCACCCCACCCUCUGAUUUACUGCUAGGUUAGUGAUUCUCAUGUGUGAAACUCUGCUUGGUUUUGUGAUAUUUAUCAUGCCUAAUGAAACCAAGUAAUGAAGUGUUUGUUUUGCAAGCCUAUAAGAGAGUUACAUUUUAAGUAAUGAAAAUAGCCUUGUAAAUUUGGAUUACUUAAAACUUUUUGACCGAAAUGUCAAAGUUUAUUUAUAUAAAAAGGAUGUUUUCAGCUGUUGCACAUCAUUCUAGUUUACAAAGUGAUCCUUCUCAUUGAUCCUGAGCCAAUGGUCCAAUGACAGGUGUUUUGUAAGCCUGUGAGGGAAACCUUCAGUAUUUCUGGCUAACUUUCAGUAACUUCAAGGGUCCAAAUCUUCCCCAUGAUCACUAUUUAUCCUCAUGUAAUUACAAUUCUCUGUCAUGCAGGAACUAUUUGUCCAUUCAGGUUUCAAAAAAAAGUGUCCAACAGCAUUGAGUUGCCAAAUGCAUCUGCUCAGUAGAUAUUCUCAUGUAUUUUACCAUACUUUUUUAUGUAAUUAAUUUGCAGUUUUCUUAAAUUCUACAUGAAAUGUACAUAAAAAUUGAUGUAAUUUAUGCUAAAUAUAUGUGUAUUUCCA